GUGUGACAUGGCUGCGGGCGCCGGACGCUGCGGAGUCAGGUAUUUUUGAGCUGACUUUCUUCCAUGACUACUAAAAUCAAUUAAACCAUGGAUACUUAUACCAGGGCCCGAAGCAGUCAAAGAAAGCCUAAAGUGUCAAUGAAAAAGGAUUUCACUGAUGGUGUACUACGCUCUGUGAAAUCAUUGCUACAGAGCAGAAAAGAAUUAUGUAACGUGUCCGCUGAAGACUGUUUAAGGCAGGAGGAACAGGACAAUUUUAUUGAGAUCACAUUUCUAGGUUUUGCUGGAGAGACAGAUGCUGCUCAUAUGCAGGAAUUGGCUGCUGUUUCUGUAGAGCUCCCAGAUGUUCUGAAAUCACUCCAUUUCUGUAGUCUAAAUGAAAAUGAAGUUAUUUUUCUAAAGGAUAUAAAUAAACCCAUGGAAACCAGCGAUGUCUCUAAACAUCAGGUAAAAUUCCUAAUCCUUUUUAUAAGCUAUUUUAGUCCCAGGAUAUUAGAGACACAAGGUACAACCUAUACUACUAAGAAUCUCCGGGAUGCUGCUUCACAGACCAUCCCUGCUCAUUGUUUAGAAGCUAUUGACUCAAAGAUCAUUGUGAGCUCUGGGCGUCGAAAAUCAUCUGCCAAAUCUUCUGCUUCUCUGAUAAAUAUCUUGGGACUUAAAGAACUGUCUUCAUCUGUAAAGAAUUCAGUCACAACCUCUAUUUCUGAUCCUUGGAUACAGAGGAGUUUUUACAAGCCAUGUAAUUCCUCUGAUCAACAUGUUAAUGUUUUGCAUAAAACAUUGUUUUCUUCCUCUCCUGCUGAAUCAUCUGAGUCAGAUUGCUCCAGCCCUAGCCCUGUUAUCUUCUUAGAUGAAGAAGGGUAUCAAAAAAGCUUGAAGGCAAAACUUCAGCUACCAAAAAUUCCAGUAGUGAAAGAUGGUAUAGAGGACUCAGACUCAGAAGUAAGUGAAUUUUUUGAUAGUUUUGAUCAGUUUGAUGAACUGGAACAGACUCUGGAAAGUACUUGUAAACUUAUAAGGGAUCCCAUCCUUGGUAACCCACCCCAGAAGAGAAAGAUUGCCCUUGAACAAUUGUAUUCUAAAACUACUACUAUGAAUCCUCAAAAAUUCAAGUUUGAUCGUCCCACUCUUCCAGCCAAUGUAAGGAAGCCAACUCCUCGUAAACCAGAAUCGCCCUAUAGCAACCUCUUUGAUGUUCCAGACUCCCCUCGGCCAGUGAAAACAGGAGAAGACAAUGGAAGUUUGUUCAGCCCUAUAAGAUCAUCAGCUUUCAGCCCACUAGGGAACUGUGCUUCAACUGAAUGUCUUUGUCGGAUGGAUAUCAAUGGAGAUGGGCUUAAUCAAAAUCAUGAUACACUUUAUAGUGAAUAUUCAGAUUAUGCAAACAGUGUUUCAUUUGAAAUACUGGGUUCUGUUUUUCAUUCUCCGUCUACAUCACUACAGAAACAUGCUGAAAACAUUUCCAGCCUUAAUAGGAUUGUCUCAAAAGAGGGAAAAGGUCAAAAUGCAGAACUCCAGAGGAAAACUUCUGACGAGCCAGAUAAGAAAGUUAAAUCUAAACACAAAUCACUAAUGAUUAAAGACAGCAUACAAAAAUUUGCAACAGAACUGGUUGAAAAAAGUUUUGGUAGUGCAUUUAAAGACUUACAAAAAGGAGUUUCUUCAUGCACCAAUGCACUGUGUCACUUGGCUGCUAGAUUGACUUCUUCAGUCUUUCAAAUGGCUUUUUAUGAGAUAGGAAGGCGGCGAGCCUUGUCACUGAAGGAACGUGCCAUUAAUGGGCUAGCAAGCUUUAUGGUCAGUGAAGCUAUAACAAGUGCUUUAAAAGAAAUGCGAUACGUAAAGAAACAAAUAUUUACUAACACAGUUGCAAGAUUUGCAGCAGACCUCACUGAGGAACUUAUUUUUGAGGGAAUCAUGGAAGUCUGCCAGUUUUCACAUCCAUCAACACCAACGACUGCACGGGAUUGGCCCUUUGAUUAUGAAGACAAAGUAGUGAGAUCAUAUGCCAAAGAUUUGUCUGAAUCUGUCAUUCAGGAAGCUUUCAUUGAAUUAUCCCAGGUUGAUGUUACCUUCACAACGCAAGCAGCAAUUAGUGUUUCCAUGGACAACAUAAAAUAUGUAAGUGCAGAAAGUACAUUGCAGUCAACACAGACUACCACUACUUUUCCUAAUUUUCAUGAUAAUGCACUUUUAGCAUUGAAUCCAAUACAAGAAACUGGAAAAGAAUAUACUGUACAACAAGCCUUGUUUUGUACUUCUGGUGUUGUAAGUUCAAUACCAGUGCCCUUAGCUGGAACAGCACUUUGUCAACAUCAGACUUCAUCUGAUGUUUAUAAGGCAAAAGUAUGGACUUGUCCGACAGCAGAUGGCAGUCUGAAAAUGUACAAAGACGCUACACAGCCAUAUUUUACAACAAAAAAGAGAGAAGAGGAAGUGGCUUCUCUUAGAAAUAUUUACCUGACUGCAGAUCACAGUGAAAGUAGUGGGCAAUGUUUUUUUAACCAGAAUGAUUUCAAACAAACAAACAACAAUCCCGGAGUGAAUAAUAUUUCAGAUUUAACAACUGGGCCAACAAGCAUCAACAGUUUCUCUGGAACAAUGGUAGAUAUGAUAGUAAAUGAGGCGUAUGAAGCAAUAACCUCAUCUGGGGUUACCAAAACAGUGGAGGAAUAUACAGAUUUUGUAACUAGAAAAACACCUCGUUGUCAGCGUGUUGGUGGAGAUAUCCCUAAGAAUACUUUUGCUGAUCAUUUGUCCAAGUAUAUUGUAAAACAGUCUGUAGAUGAAACUAAAUCUAUAUUCUCCCACACAAAUGAGACUGUAGAAUGUAAUGGAGGCUUACAGAUGAACACAGAUAACUGUAAAAAAGAACUGCGUAGUGCAGUAAAGAAACAAGAAUCUGAGAAUCACAGAUGUGUUCCUAUAAUUGUGGAACCGCAACAGCUGCCUCUGAAUAACCCACCUAAUUUUCUUGUUACGUCAGUUGACUCUGCUCAGUGUUUACUUUCAGUACCUAAAGAUUGUGUUCAGGAACGUAAAGGAAAUGAAGUACGUAGGUUUUCUUCAAGCACUCCACCUCCUUGUCCUACUGUGACUCUCGCUAGGUGUAAUGUAGAAGAGUUUACUGAUUCAGGAAGCUGUUCAAUAAAAUCCCAAAGUAAACUAUUGAAAAAACAUGAUAUGCAAAAAACAACGCUAGCUCCUUCAGCUUUUGGGCAGGAGAGCUGUUUUCUACAUGCAAGUAACCUUUCUUUGGUGAUGUUUGGCUGUGAAGAUUCUUUGCAGAUGGAAGAUAAAUCAAGCAUCAGAGAUGGAAAUGUCUGUGCAGUACCUGAUACACCACCACCAACUCCUUUAGUACCAUCUCAGACUAGUUCUGAAUGGAACCUAAGGAAGCUAACCAAGAAACUCAAGGGAGAAUUAGCAAAGGAGUUUGCACCUGCGACACCACCUUCUACACCCUAUAACUCAUCUGCUGCUGCCUUGUCUGCAACUGAACAUGACUCCUUGGAAAAGGAAGAGUUUAUGCUGAAACUCAUGCGAUCACUUUCUGAAGAAGUUGAAAGCAGUGAAGACGAAGAACACUCUGAAAUGCUUGUGGAGAAAACUGAACAUUCAGAGAAAACAGUACAGUAUGCUGAUCAUUUAGCUGGUCAUAUCAUUUCUAUGGCAACUGAAAUGGCUGCUUCCCAUUUAGAUGAUAAAACAAUUAAAAGAGAAGCUGACAGACACUGCCAAUUAAAUGCACAAAACAAAAUAUGUGGGUAUACUGCCUUUAUAAAUAUCCCAGAAGAAACUUUACAUUCGUUGUGGAAUUAUGCAGGUGAUAUGGCUGGAAAGGUUAUCAGUGAGGCUAAGAAGAUGAUAAAAUCAAGGCAUUGCAAGCUGCUGAGGUUGAAGCGGGUUAACUGUCAUGUAGAUUGUCUUUCUCUCAGAAAAGAUGAUAGAGACUGUAGGUCAAAAGAGGGGUGGUGUCCGGUAGUAAACCAGUGGUCCAGAGAGGUAGAUUCAUCCGUACUUUCUUUACCUCAGAGUUUAGGAACAACCAGUCUGACUUACAGGUAUCCAAGCUGUGAGAGCGUGACCGAUGAAUAUGCAGAUCACAUCAUUCGAGUUCUGAAAAGGGAAGGUGGCAACAGUGAGUUAAUAGUGGAUCAGUAUGCUAGUAGACUUGCUUAUAGAUCUAUAAAAUCAGGCCUACAACAAGCUGCCAGGAAAAUCAAACUGACAUACAACAGAAGAAUAUUUCCUGUACAGAACACACAGGUAAAUGGUAGGCUUGAGCUGUUCAAAAUAUUGAACAAAGAUAUGGAUACAAAAUGGCAAAUGAAAAGUGGUGUUCAUAGGUGUGGAGGCCAAGCCUGUGAAAUAAACAAUGUACACAGAACUGAAGGUACAGAGUUGUUACAUUUUUCUGAAUCCCUUGCUCAUCGUAUAACAUGUGAUGUCAGAAGAAAACUGAAAAUGUCAGCAGUUUGCUUGCCAAAAUCCUUAACAGAUUCCUGUCUGUAUAGAAAAUCUAAAUUUGAUGAAGCCACAGGGGACCGCCUUAAAACAACACUGUCUAAAACGGUUCUUCCUUUCUCACAAAAACAUAAACUGUAUCAUAGCACAGGCAAUUUAAAUGAAUAUGGCUACCGAGAAGGCAUCAUUCAAGCUAUAGAAGAGUAUGCUAGAAAAGUAGUGGAUGACACCUUAGAAAUGAGUUUGGAGUCUGCUGUUCUCCAAGCUGCUGAAAACAGAAAAAAUGGGGAUAGAUUCACUUACACAGAAAAGUUGUCUCCAUUUUCUGGAACAGCCUGCAGAUACUGUAGUAUGAAGGAAUAUCAGUAUUGUACUGGAAGUUCAUCUCCACACCUGCCUGGACAAGAACCCCUCCCUAGAAUCAGGCAGAUCCCCAAUUCAGGGUUGGGUGGUGUCUGUCAAAAAUCAAGAAUUUUUCACCUUGAUAUUCCCAAAAUUCACAUUGACAUGGAACAGAAGACAGUAUUUUCUGAGAAGGUGGUUGGUGCAGCUAUUGAGAAAGCAGAGAGAGAGCUGAGUAACACAAGUCUGACAGCUGAUAGUGGUAUUGGACAUGGUGGAGUCAGCUUUGCUGAAAGCCUUACUACAGAAAUAAUGACUUCAGCUAUGACUAAUAUUGGUCAGGCUGUUAACAUAAGUUCUAUGGGAAGAGAAGGGUUUCACUCAGCUGAAUCUAUAGUUAGCCAGCAGAUGAGUCUCAGUAUUGGUGAUGAUAGCACUGGCAGCUGGUCCAAUCUAAGCUUUGAAGAUGAACAUCCCGAUGAGAGCAGCAGUUUCCUCCACCUCAGUGACAGUAAUGGUAACAGCAGUAGCUGGAGCAGUCUUGGUUUAGAAGGAGAUAUGUAUGAGGAGAAUUUAUCCUUUCCAACAUCAGACAGUGAUGGAACAGAAGAUAAAGAUGAAGACCCCAAGGAUGUUGUAGAAGGUGUGGGGCAGGUAGGAAAGGCAUUGCUAAUAGUGAAUGUUGACAUGGAACCACAUAUGGUGGACCCCCAGCUGAGAACGACCCUGCAGUGGCUGGCGGCUUCUGAAACAGAGGUGUCUGAGCUUCGUUUUCAUGACACUGCUACGAAGGAAUUCAUUCUCCUUUCAAAAAGACUGAGAGAGAGAGACUGGAAAGUGGGAGAUCUCUUGCAAGCAGUGCUGAAAUACUGUGAAAUGAUGGAGAAGAUGUCUGAUGGGGAUAGACUUCUGAAUAAACCUUUAUUUGGCUGGCUUCUGGAAAAUGUCUGAAAAAUCCAAAGACCCAAUAUUCUUCCCUUCAUUUCUCCUUUAGAAGGAGACAUGAAGGACAAAGAUGUAUAGUGUUAAAAUUUAACUGACAAAUGGUCUAUUAACUGUCAGCAUUUUAAGAGACUUUGGGGUGAAAGUAAAUAUAGCUGUUCUGUAAGUAUUUUGUGACACUGUGUACGGUAUGUUUAUCCAGUGCAUAUCUUCAUAAUUGAUAUCAGGGUAUUGUGUCCAUCCACGCAUAUUUGUAUAUACUGCUGUGUUCAGACUAUAGAAUGUGUAUGAAGAAAGAUCUUGUCCAUGGACAAUAGUUGACAGGUGAUAAAACAGGAUAUACAGGGAUUCCCACUGUAUUGGUAUAGUUGUUUAUAAUUGGAGGCAUACUAUAUUAAUAGCAUUAUUAAGUUUGAAUUGCUAAAGAAACAUGUUUCAAUUUUACAUGCAACCAUUUUUAUUGCAAAUUCUAUGUUUUGAAGCAUUUUGAUAUGUUGGUAUGACAUAUUAAUGCAUUAGAAAUAGUAAGUACUUGUUGGAGAUUUUCCUCUUGGAAUUUUGUCGUCUUUUCAGAAAAACAGUUUCUUAUCCCUAAUCCUCCACAUAUAAAUGAUUUUUGUGUCACAAAUUGAUCUUCUGAAUAAGGACCACUUUAAAAUAGUAACUUUUCUUAAAAUAUAAAGAGAGAAAAGUUUUGUAAAUUGGUUGUCAUUUUUCUUCAAUACCUUUUGCUAAAAUUCUUGUUUUAAAGGAAGCCAUUCAAUCAAGUCUUUUAACAAAUGGAACUGUGAGGUUGGUUACUAAUGCUGUCUAGUUGUCCUAUGGUUGAAGGGUUUGUCUGUGUCUUUACAUGCCUAUUGGUUUGUAAGUGCUAAUAGUUAAUCAUCUUGUUUUGUUUUACAGACCCUUUAGGAGAUAAAGUGCUCCCUGACGAAUACCAGGAUGCUAUCUCAAAAGUGAUGUCACUGCAAGAGAAUCAUGGGGCCUUAUCUGUUUUGGGUGGCUGUAGGAAUUUAAACAGCCAGCUGACUUUAAAGGACUGUAGCUGUUUAAAUCACCAAAUUUAGAACCAGAUCCUAGGAAGUUGAGAACUUACAAUGGAAAUUGCAUAUGCUCAGCAACUCUCACAAUUUCAUCUUUGGUUACAGAUAAAGGUCCAUGCAUAUAGCUGGUGAGCCCACCAGCACUUUCCUUGCAGUGCCAUUGUGCUUUGAAAAAGUAUGUGAGUGCUCAUCUUUUAGCCAUUACAGUAAUCUAUAAAAAGACCACCCCCUGCCAACAUUGGAAUGUGGUUAAGAUAAAGGUCCUUCUUCAAACCAAACUGAAAGAUGACUUAACUUUUAAGGGGAGUCCUCUUUUGUGUGUGUGAGAGUGAGUGUGUGUGUGUAUGUAUGUAUGUAUGUAUUUGUAUAAUAUAUAUAAAAAAAUUGAUGUAUACAACCUAGACCACUGACACCAGUUUAAAUUUCCAGUUUCUUAUGUCUGCUCAGGUACUGUUACCUGAGUUUAAUUUCAUGUUGCUGUAUCAUCUCAUUAAUUGAAAAAACAA